CCCCGCGGCGCGAAGCCCCGCCCCCGUGUCUCGCGGCCGUGCCGUUGGCGGCCGAGGGGCGGGGCCUUCGCUUCCUCCCUGGCGGGGUCGCGCCGGUACCGGGGCCGGGCCCAGCCGUCGAGCCCCGCCCGAGGGGUGUCCCCGUCCGCCCGGCUGACCCCCGCCGCCCUCAGCAUGCAGGGCGCGCUCGCCAUCCCCGAGGAGGUCUGCAGCCUCCUGGCAGAUAUUGACACAUUUAUUUCCCAGACGCUAAAAGGAGAAAAUCUAUCCAAGAAAGCAAAAGAAAAAAGGGAAGUUCUUCUUAAGAAGAUAAAAGAGGUUAAGGCAAGUUAUCCUCAAGAAUUCCAGGAUAAAGAAUUGGAAGAUGAGGAAGAGUCUGAGAGCUCUUUUUCUUCACCUCCUGAUAGUGUCUCAAUAGCAUCUGACCGAUACGAUAAAGAGGAUGAAGCACCCUCUGAUGGGAAUCAGUUUCCUCCUGUUGCUGCUCAAGAUCUUCAGUUUGUUCUGAAGGCUGGAUACCUGGAAAAACGCAGAAAAGACCACAGUUUUCUCGGCUUUGAAUGGCAGAAGCGUUGGUGUGCUAUUAGUAAGACGGUCUUCUAUUAUUAUGGAAGUGACAAAGACAAACAACAGAAAGGUGAAUUUGCCUUAGAGGGCUACACCAUCAGAAUGAAUAAUAGCCUUCGGAAGGAUGCGAAGAAAGAUUGCUGUUUUGAAAUCUCCGCUCCUGAUAAGCGCAUUUAUCAGUUUACAGCUGCCACUCCCAAAGAAGCAGAGGAAUGGGUACAGCAAGUCAAGUUUGUAAUUCAAGAUAUGGAAUCUAAUACUAUUCCUGAGGAGGAGGAAGAGGAAUAUGAUGAUGUUGGACAAGUGAGCAGUGAACCAAUAGAUGAUAGCAUUUAUGAAGAAGUAAAAGAAGAACGUGUUCCUUCAAAGGCUGAAGUGUCAAGAAAACUGAGCCAGGAGAAAGUUACCACUGUUUCAGAUAGCAAAAAUACCGAUUACGCCAAUUUCUAUCAAGGUUUGUGGGACUGCACAGGAGAUGUACCUGAUGAGUUGACAUUUAAACGUGGUGACGUUAUCUACAUUCUCAGCAAGGAGUACAAUAGAUUUGGCUGGUGGGUAGGAGAAAUGAAGGGAACCAUUGGCUUGGUGCCUAAAGCCUACAUAAUGGAGAUGUAUGAUAUUUGAGAGGCCUGGGAGAAAUCUGCGCUUGAAAUCAAGAGUGGUGUGCAGCUGCAGUUUACAGACCCGGCCUCUGAAAGAAGAAGAUUCUGCCGUACACGUUUUGUGGUUUCGGCGAAUGUAGUCAGAUCGUUGCCUUGUGUGUAUUAAACAUUAAAAACUAUAAUUGAUCACAAUUCUGCGGAAAUGUUCUUCUUAGCCACUUUUUAUGGAAUUGUAAUGCUAGGAAAUGAAAUAGAUGGUAAUUAACAUAUGGGGCACAAGCAGCCAGAUCGUGCCUGUUGAUCUUUUCUUAAGCAGCACUCUGUAUAGCUAUAGGUUUGUGUUCUUUCAGGGAAUCUGACUAUGUUUUCCUGUUCCUCAGUUUUAGAAAAAUUAAGCUGAACUUCGAAAGUAGAAAACUAUUACUCAGUUCAUGCAUACAUUAACCUUUUAAUGAUCACUGUACAUUUCAUGCAGUUUCCUAGGAAAAUCAAGGGAAAUUUAUGUGUAAUAUUGCAGAUCUUCAGGGUAUUCCGUUUCCAAAUGUUUUUGUAUUCUGUUUUAGCCAAUGAUUUAUUUUUCUCAUACAUUUAGUAUUGUUAUUGUUAAUUAAUAUUUUGUUACCACAAAAUGAAGGCUUGGCUUUUUUGCUGAUGUAAGAAAUCCGCCUGUGUGGUAAUACUGCCCUGAUACUGUUCUGACUUUGAGAUGUGAAUUAGGUGAAAAUGUCUAAAAAGACAAUAUAUUAAACCCCCCAAUUUUUUGUGAAGGCAACAUCAGCUAAAUGGCAGGUAAGAAUGAAUUUUGUCCGUGGUAGUGUGAAAUAUUUUAGCUGUACCUUACAGAUGCUUUCACAAAGUCAGAUCUGGAUACCUUGUUGGUAUGUGGAAUUUCUGAUACAAGUUGUGCAACAGACCUCUUCAGCUUUACGUGGGUUAAUAACGGCUACCUGCAGUCUUAGUGUCAAACCCAGAACUUUGUGGCUAAAAGCAUCGGUUCAAACAUUAAAAAUAAAAGUACACUAAAAUACUCUCACUUGUGGAUGAGGGGUUGGGCAGAGUUAAUAUUUUAAAAUCCUCUUGUUUUGGAGAUGUGCCUUACUAUUAGCGUGCAAGAUCAACUUUUUUUUUUUUUGAAUCCUCCCACACACUUGAUUUGUGAGACCCUUAAUCUGCCAAAGAGGCAGGUCAAGCCCGUCUGCGAAUUGCUGAGCCUGUGCAGGUCCCCUUGUAGUUGCUGGUGCUGUUUACGCUUCAGGCGGGCCCUGGAAGCACCGUGGGUUAAAAGGUAACGUUAGUCUGGGCUGGGAAUUAGAUCCUCUUCAGUAAACGAAGAUGUUGUGCUUUACAGUGGCUAAUGUCUAGUACUUGGCGGUACGCUGGAUUCUAAUAGGAGUCAAACAGGGUACGGAGUUUUGUUGUAAUUUUUUAAAAAAGAGAUAGUCAUUGAAAUUGAUUCUGUACGUUAUCAGCGAAGCAUUAAAAUGAUAGAUUGUGGUCUUCAGAUCUUUCACUACUUUAAUUUAUCAAGUGUGCUUGUGGGUUAUGUACAGAAUGUGAAGCGUUAACAUCGCGGCUAGAAAAGCUCCUUCUCUCUUGUGUAACAUGGCAGCGUAAUAAAUCUGCCCACCGAAAUGUCGCCUUAUUAAUCGUGUAAUUCCGAAUUCCACCACCACCUACUUUUUAGGAGAGUAAAUCCUCCCCCCCGCCCUUCCUCCCUCUCGUUGAGACGAACUACAUACGCGGGAAACUUGAUUUAGGACCGGACCCCAGCGGGGACGGCGCUGCCGAGGCGGGAGCGGCUGCGCGGGAGGCGGCGGCGCGCUGCCCUGCGCGGCCCCUGCGCGGCCCCUGCGCGGCCCCCGCGCUGCACUGCGCGCCCGCGGCGGUAGGUGGCAGCAAAUUUUCACAGGACGGGAGGAGGCCGAGCCCCCCCCGCCCCCGUCCCCUUCCCCCUUCCCUGCCGCUUCUGCCGUUUUUCCAGGAGAGGGAGUCCUUUCCCAACCGAUGAGCCGCUUCCCGGUGCCCAGCGUCUGCCUCUCCUGGGUGGUGGCAGCCGGAGAGAGAGUGUCUUUUGUUUGUACUUCUCCUUCCCCCCCUUUUUAGUACACAGACUGCCUUAAAAUUCAAACCGUGAAAGAUUGCCCCGAAACUCACUUGAAGUGUCUUGGAAUAAACCAUGAAAUGGGCCACGGAUGAGUUGUUUACUGUAAAUCUGUGCAAAUGCCAUAACCUUUUUUUGGAGAAGAAAAUCUCUGUUAAUACUACUGAAACAAAACUCAGUGGCAGAAAAUGCUAAUUGCUUUAUUUUCUUUGUUUACCUAGAUUGCACUUGCCUUUCCAUAAACAGAAAACCAGCUAAUUUUUUAAAAGGUGAUUGUAAGUCAUAUUUUGUACAGCGUUUUACUUGAUUAUUUGCUCUGUUCUGGAUUUGUACUAUACUGCCAUUAGAUCUUACAAUAAUGUUCUACUCUGCAAAUUUUUAAGGUUCAAAUAAAGUUUAAUUGUUUGCAAACUGU